AUGGCAGCAACAUCAGUAAAUAACAACGAUCAAAUAACAAAUGAUCCGAAUCAGUUGCUGUUAACAGAUGUUAAACUUUUCUCGAUUAUUGGUGACGAAGAUGAAACUGACUUCGAUGAAACAACAGCAGUGGCCAGUACAGAAAAAGAAUCGACAGUUAAACCGUCAGAAGUGUCCGUACCUCCUCGACAAGUAUCAUCUUUUUCGAUGGCAACAUCAUCGGUGACAAUAAAAUCGUCGAAAUCUAAUUCAUAUAGGUUUGUUCAAUUACAACGAGCUCUUGCAACAACGAGUCUUUUAAGAAAGCUCGAUGAUCAACAAAAAUUUGAAAAUGACUAUCUUACUUCUUUACAAGAAAAUACAUUUGAAGAAUUCUUACAGAAUUAUUAUCGUAAAAUCUAUGAUCAUAAUCAACGUAUCAAACAAAAGGAACAGGCAAAAAAAGAACGAAUAUUUACUUUUGUUGAUCUCGAAAAAAACUUUUUCGCACUUGAUCCAACACGAGAUAUUAAAAUUUUAUUUGUUGAUGAGCCAACAAGAUCGUCGAUAUCAAGAAGCACGUUGAGUCGGUCUGAUGUAUCAUCACGUCAUAAAUCAGCAUUACCCAUGAAAUCCAAUGAUGCACUUACAGAAUUAUUUUAUGCUAAUCGUUCUCAUCGUUUUCUACAUGAUCCGUCUCAGGCACGUGAAGAAAUAACAUUAUUUGCUCGUCGAGCUGCCCAACGACUUCAUGAACGUUUACCACGUAUGUCAAGUGUACCGCAUCGAGUUAAAGUCGUUGAUGAACGUGAUAUGUCCGGUAAUCCUGAUGAAAAUGCAUUAUUACAAAUGAAACAUAAACGUGCCCUAUCAUCAAUAAACAAACGUCGCCAUUUAUUUAUUAGAAUGAUGACACAAUCUAAAAAGAAUCAAACUAAAAUGGAAAAACAGUGGACACAAAGUCCCAUAGCUUUAGAUAAUGCGGCUUGCUGUCGAGAACUACUUGAAAGAGCAAAUCAAAUCGAACAAGUUUCUACAAAUCAAAUAAAACGACGUCCACAAACUGCAUCUGUUUCACGAAGAACACGGAGUAAAAAUAUUUCGUCGUUAAAUUGUUCUGAUUUAACGGCAGUGAGUCCGAGUAUAGCACCUGUUUUUUCACCAUGUUUAAAACCAUUUCAAGAUACUCUUUCAAUAGAUCAUAUGGAAAAAACAGAAAAUGUUCGUGUCAUUCUACCGACACGUCCACUUACAGCACCUACUAAAGUGAAUUGGAAAAAUUAUUGUUAA